UCGUUUUUGCUUUUUUUUUUUUUUUUUUUUUUUUUUUUUGUGUGUGUGUGUGUUUCGCCGAUGCCUCCAAAGCUCAUCUCGAACGCCUGCAGCGCUUGCCAGACACGGCACCGACGCUGCGACGGCGUCAAACCCGUCUGCACUCCAUGCCAGCUCAAAGGGUGGAGCGACCGCUGCCAGUUCGUGCCGGGCAACAAGCGCGGACCAAAGAAACAGACUGACUCUGAGCUGUCCUUUGACGGUGCUGCUGCGGCGACAGGCGGGGCUGUGGUCGACUUUGGCCACAAUGGCGCCCGUCAUCACGGCGGCGGGAUUGAGAAGCGCCGCCCGCUCGGCUCGAGCCUGCCGCUGCCUGUCGCCACAGCUGCAGUGGCCACGGCACAUCGCGGUCAUGUGCAAACGAGUGUGGUCGCAGCAGCAGCGGCAGCAGAUGCACCCAGUCCGCCUUCUAGUCCACUCGUGUCGACGCAUCACCUCGUUUCGCAAAUCCGCCAACUCCAAGACCAAAUCCUGCUCAUGCAGCAAACCCUGUUGAAAGCACCACCAGGCGUAGUGGAUGGCACCCAACAGCUCGCAUCCACGGCCCAACCGGCCUUGCUCCUUCGUCCGUCCGUCGAGUUUGCUUCUCCUUCGCCGCUUUCCGUCCAGCCAUAUUCCCUCCUCGAUCAGAACAGCAAUCUUCUUCAGCAGGCUCAUGACUCGGAUUCCCAAGAUCUAGUUGAGCCUGCUUCGCAGCACCUGCGAGCUACGGUGGCCGUGGCGCCCAUCAUGCACGAACUGGAGCGGUCGUUUGCGCGCAUGUACUUUUCGGACAUUGCAGACGUCUACUACAACUGUGUGGCCCUCGGGACUCCUCUGAUGCCGCGCCAUGUGAUGCAGCUCAUCAUCGAGCAGAGUUGCGAUGAUAUUCAGGAGGACGAUGGCAAUGACGACAACCCGCUCCAUCCAUUGGUCCCGCACCGCGGGCGGUUUUCGCGAGAGGCGGUCGCUCUCCUGCGAGCCAUUCACCUGCUCUGCUUGCAGCGCAUUGGUCGCAAGGAAGCGGCAUUGAAACAGCUGAAAGCGCUCGACGUGGCCAUCUCAAGCAUGUUUGGGCGCCUGCACCAGUCGCGAGAUCUUGCCGCUGCACUCAUCAUCACAGCCUACUACCUGUUUGGCGAGGGAGAAAUCGCCAUGGCCCGCGCCUAUCUGAAACACGCCAGUAGCCACUUGCAGCACUCGCCAAUCGACACGAGCACCGCGCUGACCUGCCCAAGAACCGCGAGCGACAAUCCCGCAGCACCAGCAGCUGCCUCAUCUUCGCCUCCCGUCGUCGAGCAGUCAAAGUUUUCGAAAAUCUACCACUGCGUGGCAAUGGUGGUUGCAGAAAACGUCUUUGAGCAGGUCGACAAGAUGCGAGACAACUUUGCUUGGUACGCUGCGAGCGCGGAGGCUGCAGCGGCGCAUGCGUCCGACACCACGCAUCACUGGGUCUCUCCCCACCUCGUGGCACUCACUUUGCAAAAUCCAGUCCAUCCCAAACAGGCCGCGACCACAGCAGCCGGGCCCGCCAUGGAUCUCGACUCGGUCAAACGCGUGCUCGACUCUUCGCCCUUCCCCCUGUCGUCGCACCUGACGGCGUCGGAUGGCCAUUCCCUGGCACCAUCUUCGCUGUCGACAUCUUCUUCUACUUCUUCUUCUUCUUCUUCUACUUUUUCUUCUUCUGCUGCUGCUCUUUCCUCUUCGUUGGCCACGUCGGGAGCACCGCUGGCGCCAGCUCUGGAGGUGACGGACGCCGCUAUUAGUGUCACCCACAGUCUCGAAGUGAUUAUCGACGGACUGUUUGGCAUGCGGCUCGCUCCAUCCGAUGCGACAAGCGACAAGCACCGUCAUGUCGAUUCUGCGCAGUCGAAAAACGCGCAAUCCUUGCCCACUUCUUCCACUGGCUCAUUACCGGCGUCCGACGAGGACGAAGCCGAGCAGCGCACGAUUCUCAACACAACCUAUCACAUGCUUCUGAAUGGCAUGAAACUCCACCUGUUGUAUCUUCGUUGCGGGCAUAACCCCUCUCAGUUCCACGUUCAUGAUGCGGCCGCCAACAACUACCCACAAGGAACGACCAUUUCGCCGUACUCGUCGCCAAUCGGUGAUGGCCACGAGCCGCUCGACACUGUGAUUGGAACCGCCUCUUCCCCUGCGUCGUCCUUCCAGUCGCUUCACGCUUCAGAGUACGGUCGCGGCGCCGUGUAUCCCGAACACCACCAGCCACACCAACAACGAAACCUACCAAACAACCACAGCAGCAACCUGCCCUUCUUCCUCCUUCCAACGACGGCAAGACCCAGCUAUCCCGAGCUCGACGCCAGAUUGCUUUCGUAUGCAGUGCGAUGCGCAGAUGCAAUCGUACAGUGCACACAGGCCAAGUGCUUUGCAAAAUGCCCUGCCCCAGUCCACGAGAGCGUGGCGCUGGCUGCGCGAGUCUACUUGCAAAGCAUCGACACCUUUUGGACUGGAGACGAGAGCGAUUCGAUUCCUUCGUCCUGGAUAUCGGGACUCGAGGAUUGUCAGCACGCGCUGCAGCUUUUGAGUGCCCGAUACUCGCUUAUUCAGCUCCACCAUCGCCGACUGCUCGACCUCGUUGCAGUCCGACUGCAGUCGUUCGGCCAAGCUCGCGGCGCACGUCCUGGUGUGUCCACCACGCCAGCGUCGUCGAACAUGGCAGCACCAACCACUGCGCUCUCAAUUUCCGAGGAUGUCGCCGAUGUCGUAACAACGGCUCUUACGAACGAUCUGGCUGCUGAUGAAGGAGUCACGCCCGAUUGGCUCGGUCGGGUCGCCAAUAGAGUGGAUCCCGCUGCGUUGUUGCACCAACUGUCGGAAGACUCCAAUGCUGCUGCGUUGGCGUCCACCAGCUUCCUGGAAGUCGACGACGUGCUGGAGCUGUUCAUGAGCGACGUUGCUGGCGCGCACCCCAACCUCGGCCUUGGGUUUGCAAACAACUGGCAGUUUCACGACGCCAACCAGGAGUUGCUCUCCCACAACACUCCCGAUGAUGUUGCGAGCGUAUUGAGUGCCGAUGCUGUGCGGCAUUUGUUGCUCAGUCCCGCAACAAGCUUACCGACCAGCCUGUGAUUUCCUCUGCGUUUGCACAUCUGAAACUGAUUGAGCGAGCUUGUAAGCAAAUACAUUUUGAACCAUCCAAAG